ACGCCAUUUCCCCACACCUAACUCCAACCCCAACGUCUCCAACGCCACACCGCUCUCUUCAUUAUUGACUUUGCCCAGCUUCAGGUGCCACUCCCAUCUCCCACACUCUUCCACUGUAACUUCAAUUAUCGUCUCUUUUUCCCUCUUAUAUCUCCUCUGCAUGAUCUUCCCCACAUCCAUGAUCAUAAAUCCCUCUCUUCUGAUCCCUUUCGUCUUGUUUCUCCUCCCCUUGAUCACCGCUCAAUCAACCCGCCGCCACUGCCAACAGACAUGCCCUCCUCAACACUCCCUCCUCCGCCUCCCUUACGCCUUUGGCUUCUCUUCCGGCUGCGCAAUCCGACUCAACUGCACCCCCGACGGCACAAUCCUCAUCGGGGAUUACCCGGUCCACUCCAUUAACUCCGACACCAUAAUCGUCGGCGUCAAGUCCCAAUGCAACCGUCCUUUUCAUACCUUCCGUCAACUCUUCGGCCACAGAUACGCGCCCACAUCACGAAACGCCAUACUUUUGCAAAAUUGCGGCCAAAAGGUCUCCCCCUGCGUCAUCCCGGCGACUAUGGUGCAGACUCACUUCGAGUCGGAAAACUGCAGCUCCGGAGGUGGCAAUUUGAGUUGCUAUUACGAAAACUCUACUGUUGAUUUUAUGAAUCUCCAGAAUUUAACGAACAAGCGCUGUCAGUACCUUAUUUCGUCGAUAGCGGCUGAAGAGUUGAGGAACAAUUCGUACAUCAGUGUGGCGACGGCGGUGUCCUUGGAGGUUGAGACGAUUGAGCUGGGAUGGUGGCUGGAAGGAGAGUGCCAAUGCUCCAACGAUGCCAACUGUACGAGACUAAAAUCUCCGAUUGACAAGAAGGCGGGGUAUCGGUGCCGUUGCAAGGAAGGAUUCACGGGCGACGGGUAUUUGGCCGGAAAUGGUUGCCGGAAAGCCUCUUCAUCCUGCAACCCAGCAAAGUACAUGUCCGGCCAAUGUGGAGGGACAACCCGAUUUGUUGUCUUAAUUGGAGGGAUGGUCUUUGGAGCUUCACUAAUGAUCGGUUUUGGUCUAAUAUGUUGUUUCUUUCGGCGGCGCUCCAAAUUAAGAGUCACGAAGAGCACAAAAAGGCGCUUGACCGAAGCUACCAGCAAUUCCAGCGUUCCUAUUUAUACAUACAAAGACAUCGAGAGAGCCACGAAUAACUUCUCAGAUAAACAGAGGCUCGGAACUGGGGCAUAUGGGACUGUUUAUGCUGGAAAACUUCACAGUCACGAAUGGGUUGCCAUUAAAAGGAUCAAAUACAGAGACACUGACAGUAUUGAGAAAGUAAUGAACGAGAUCAAGCUCAUUUCCUCAGUGAGCCAUCCCAAUCUUGUCCGCUUGUUGGGUUGCUCUCUCGAAUAUGGAGAACAAAUCCUUGUCUACGAGUUCAUGCCCAAUGGAACGUUAAAUCAACAUCUGUUAAGGGAGAGAGGGACGGGACUUCCAUGGCCGGUUCGACUCACUAUUGCUGCUGAAACAGCACAAGCCAUAACACAUCUCCACUCUGCCAUCAAUCCCCCCAUUUACCACAGAGACAUCAAGUCAAGCAACAUACUGUUGGACCACAAUUUUAGAUCAAAAGUUGCAGACUUUGGUCUUUCCAGACCUGGGAUGACCGAAAUAUCUCACAUUUCAACUGCCCCACAGGGAACGCCCGGCUAUGUUGAUCCACAGUACCAUCAAGAUUUUCACCUUUCCGAUAAAAGUGAUGUUUAUAGCUUUGGGGUUGUUCUUGUUGAGAUCAUAACGGGAUUGAAAGUGGUGGACUUUACUCGUCCCCAGAAUGCAGUGAAUUUGGCUUCUUUUGCUACAGACAGGAUUAGGAAGGGGCUUUUGGAUGAGAUUAUAGAUCCAUUCCUCCAAGCACAUAUGGACGAUUGGACCCAUUUCUCCGUACACAAGGCAGCUGAGCUAGCAUUCCGAUGCCUUGCAUUCCACAGGGACAUGAGGCCUUCCAUGACAGAAGUUGCUGCUGAGCUAGAGCAGAUCAGACUGAGUAGGUGGACAACCUUUGGAGAUAGCAAUCGUACAGCCUCAACAGAGCUGUCCUCUUCUUCUCCUUCCUCUGAUGAAAGUGAGAAGCCUCUAAGUGCGAGAGAAAAGAAGGUGAAACCAGAGGGCAAAGGCCUUCUCAAGUUGCAGACUGAGCCUGCCGCGUUAAACUCAAUUGAAAGGCGCAAGAACUGUUCCCCGGUCUCGGUGCAAGACCCGGACUUUUGGCUGAGCGAACAAAGCUCUCAUUCAGCAAAUAGUUUGGUGAGUAAGUCAUUCGAGUGACCUGGCAUGUAGGGAAGCGAUGCCUUGCUGGGUCCCCGGUAAUUCUGGACUUUUAGGAUAUAGAUUCUGAUGCGCUGCCUUGUUUAAGCAAGAUGAUCUUUUAUUUAAGUUCACAGCAUCCGGCGUGAAAGCUAUUCAUUUACCAAAUAUUCAAACGAAUAUUCCGAAAUCAUGAAUAUUCAAAUAUAAUUAAGGGAAGAACUUGCUUGACUUGA